AUGGCACCAUUAGAGGGGGCAGCCAAGGCACUGUGCAAACUCCACAAGUUCCAGCUAGUGUCAGAACAGCCGUUCCCAAGGGCUGCGGGCACCGGCGGCGCCGCAGGCCGGGCCAGACCUUCGUGGCUGCCCCAGGCAGUUCAGUCUCGAGGGAGCCACUGGCAGACGUCGCUGCUGGCGUUUAAUGCGUCGCUCCCCAUGAGAGCACAACCCAAAAAGAAGAAGAAAGUAGAUGUAAAGAGAGAGCAAGCACAGAAGGAGCGCAUGAAGAAGAAGAUAAGAAAGUUGGAAAAAGCUGCCCAAGAAAUGAUUCCAAUUGAAGAUUUUGUGACACCACCUAAAUACUUGGAAAGCAACAGAGUGCGAAGUCUUCCACCUCUGUCUUCUGAGGAGACUGAAAGAAGGGUUCUGCUUAUGAAAAAGUGGUCUCUGUACAAGCAGAAACAAGACGAGGCAGAGAAGAAAGCAAUUCAAACUCUCCUUGCAUCUCAGCAAGCAGCACUAAAGGAGCUGCGCCUUGAAUCUGAAGAGUUGUAUCAAGCGGCAAUAAAACGAGAUGAAGGACUUUUUCCCUUUGAGAGGGAAGGACCUAAUUACACCCCUCCACUUCCUGAUUAUGAUCCUCCCGAAGGAAAAUGCAUUGAUAUCACCAAGGUGUAUACACACUAACAUGGGAAGGAUUUAU